AUGGUGGGCCUGUACGGCAGCUUCGGUGCAUUAAACAUUCUCUUUAGCAGGCAGAGCCGUAUUUACACACCCCCUCGGCCGUUCCUCCUCAGCAGCAGCAUGGCGGCGGAACCGGACACGCUGCGAUACCCCACCCGCCAGUUUCGGGCUGUUGCAAGUGCUAGUGGUAUUUCUAACGUGCCAUGUCUUGAAACUCUUUUUCAGACGAAGGGUACAUCGUCAUUUGGUAAGCGCCGAAAUAAGACACACACCUUGUGUCGCCGAUGUGGGUCCAAGGCAUACCAUCUGCAGAAAUCCACCUGUGGGAAAUGUGGUUACCCUGCUAAGCGUAAGAGAAAGUAUAACUGGAGUGCAAAGGCGAAAAGACGCAACACCACUGGCACUGGUCGCAUGAGGCACCUGAAAAAGGUCUACCGUCGAUUCAGGAAUGGAUUCCGUGAAGGAACCACACCGAAGCCCAAGAGAGCCGCUGUUGCAGCCUCUAGUUCAUCAUAAAGACUCAUCUAUUUGUUAAAAUAAAUGGUCUUAUCUAGAAAAUC